GCCCCUCCAAAAAUCCAGGGACACAAAAAGGCGAGGAGUGCACGCAAGAAGACUCUCUCCAGGGAGUGAGCAGAGGGAUCCUUAUCCGCUCGCUGCGACAUGGCCGCCGCCGCGGUCGUCCACCUCUCCGUCCACGGCCGCCUCCGCCGCUCGCCGGAGGUACCCUCCGCCUCCCCCUACCGGUCCUCUCUCCUCCGCUGCCGCGCGUUCAAGCAGGAGACCGACGGAGACGGCGAGCCGUCGCCGUCGCCGCCCGAGGCCCGGAAGCGCAGGAAGGGGCCGCUGUACAAGCUGAAGGCGGCGAUUCAAGGGCUCGCGGGUUCACGCUCGGCGGCGGCGGAGGUGUACGGGACUGAGUACCAGCGCGCCGUCGAGAAGGCCGAGGAGAUCUUCUUCUCGGUUGCCACUCAGCUAGGCAGAUAUGUUAUCACUAUGAUGAGCAGUGGUGUUGUACUUGGGGUUGGAUUUCAGCUAUCAGGUGGAGACAGCCAAAUGAAUGGACUAAUUUGGUAUAGCUGGCUUGGUGGAGUAAUUAUCGGUACAAUGAUAGGUGCAAACAGUGUCCUCGAGGAACACUGCAAAGCUGGACCUCGCAAUAUCGUCAUAACUGGAAGCACAAGAGGGUUAGGAAAAGCACUUGCUCGUGAGUUUCUUCUUUCUGGAGAUCGUGUUGUAAUUACUUCACGAAGCACUGAAUCAGUUCUUCAGACCAUUAAAGAGCUCGAAGAGAACAUACAGGAGGGGUUAUCAGUCGCCAAAAAGAAAGAAAGGAAAACUUUAUCACAUGCCAAGGUUGUUGGUAUAUCUUGUGAUGUCUGUAAACCUGAAGAUGUGAAGAAGCUAGUGAAUUUUGCUACCAAUGAGCUUGGCUCAGUUGACAUUUGGAUAAAUAAUGCUGGUACAAACAAAGGUUUUAGGCCGCUGGUAAAUUUUUCAGAUGAUGACAUUACUCAGAUCGUGUCAACAAACCUAGUUGGCUCUUUACUGUGCACCAGAGAAGCCAUGAAUGUCAUGCAAUACCAAGAGAAGGGAGGCCAUAUAUUUAACAUGGAUGGAGCAGGUUCUGGAGGAUCAAGUACACCAUUGACAGCUGUCUAUGGUUCAACUAAAUGUGGACUGCGGCAGUUUCAAUCGUCACUUCUGAAGGAAAGCAGAAGAUCAAAAGUUGGAGUACACACUGCCUCUCCUGGUAUGGUCCUCACAGACCUCCUUUUAAGUGGUUCAUCUCUCAGAAAUAAACAGAUGUUCAAUUUAAUAUGCGAGCUUCCAGAAACAGUAGCAAGGACAUUGGUUCCAAGGAUGAGAGUUGUGAAAGGAAGUGGAAAGGCAAUCAACUACUUGACACCACCAAGGAUUUUACUUGCCUUGGUUACUGCAUGGGUUCGCCGGGGCCGAUGGUUUGAUGAAGAGGGAAGAGCGGUAUAUGCCGCUGAGGCUGAUAGAAUUCGCAACUGGGCUGAAAGUCGAACUCGCUUCUCUUUCACUGAUGCCAUGGAGAUGUACACGGAAAACACAUGGGUUUCCGUAUUCUCUCUCUCCGUGGUCUGUGCGUUCAUAAUUCUUUCCAGCUCGGGUGGACCUCUUCCAGGGACAUAAUCCCCGGAGUACCAAACUAGAUGGCCAAAUUCUCCAUUUUUUUUUUCACCAAGGGCGUUCUGUUAUAAAGCAUACGACCUGACACUUCAGAAGGGGGAAAGAUAAACCCACAAAUGUAGAUAGGUGCAAGGGUGAUCAGCACUCAGCAGUUGCUGCCUCACCAUUUAAAGCUUAGCUAACCAUGUGCCCGGAAAAGGGUAAGUACUAAGUAGCGUUUAUUAUGUGGGCAUUCCACUGUUGUAAGCUAGUCUGUAAUCUGUGAUGCGUUUGAAGUUAACUGAACAUUACAGAGUCGACAGGCGUUCGUACCUCAUGGUCAUGCGCGUAGUUAUGAUGAUCGUUGCAGCUUCCUGAUCGCUGCUUGUACCCUUCAGAACACUACAUAGCAUCACCACAGUAUAUAACUCAGAAGCGAAGAAGCAUGUACAUGGUUCAUCUAUUGGUUUUGUAGAAAUGUGUUUUCUGGUCAA